GAGAGGAACCGAUUAAAUUAGUUUGGGGGGAAACAAAGAGCCGGAGUGACGCAUAAAGGCGGUUGCUGGAGAAGAGUUCACACGCGAAACUUCAGCAAGACAUUAUUUCAGUGUUUCAGUGUGGGAACUUUCGACACAGAAAACAAGAUGCGUGGCCUGUUCUCCACCAUCAUCGUGGUGCUAGUGGCCUUAAUGAUCGUGACCACAGAGGCUGGGAAAAACAAGAAAGAGAAGAAUAAAGGAGGUAAGGGUGGUUCGGACUGUGCGGAGUGGCGCUAUGGCAGUUGUGUGGCCAAUAAUGGGGACUGUGGAGCAGGCACAAGGGAAGGCACCUGCAAUGAGCAGACCAAGAAAGUCAAAUGCCGAGUGCCCUGCAACUGGAAGAAAAACUUUGGGGCCGACUGCAAGUAUAAGUUUAGUAACUGGGGCGAGUGUGACGCAGCCACAAGCACAAAGAGCCGCACCGGCACUCUGGUAAAGGCUCUCUUCAGCGUCGACUGCCAGCAAACCAUCUCUGUGUCCAAACCCUGCACCACCAAGGUCAAAAACAAACCCAAAGGAAAGAAAGGCAAGGGGAAAGGGAACUAAAAGGAGCAAGAGAUCCAGAGGAGCAGUAAUCACCCCGUGAUCAUCCGUCAUCCAAACACGGCCUUUUAUAUCUCUACUCAGUGUUCUUCAGCAUGAGUGGGACUCGCACUACAGCCACAAACACAUAGCUUUAGAAGACUAUGACAGAGUAACAGCUGAGUAUUUGACAUGUUACAUGACUGUUUCAUGUGUGAGAGGGAGGGGAGAAUAAAAUACCGUUGUUUAGCGUGUGGUGCCCUGUCAUUGACCCACUCCUCUGAUGUUUCCCUCCAGCACAGAUCUCUCGCACUUGCUCUCUCUCUCUACUAUCUAUCAGCCAUGUAAGCCUCAGGCCUCUCAUUCGCUAAAAGACAACAAUCAAUAGAACUCAAUCAGACACGUCUAUUUUAUUACUGUUUUACUUAAAAUUUGGUUUUGUAAAAUUAUGUAAUUUACAGGAUUAUAUUACUAGUGGGGUAUACAAGU